AUGACGUGCCAGGACUUUAUUAAUAACCUUUCUGAGCUCAGUGAAUCUUAUGAUUAUUCCAACGAAGAGUUGAAGCGGCUCUACAAUGCUAUUCGCCUGGAACCAAUACGCUGGCCCCAAGUGGAAACUGGUGUCUUACUAGGUCUUUACACCGGCCCUGGUGUUGGCCUACCAGGUGCCACCGAGACCCUCGGCCUUGAUCUCAGUCUUGGAAUGGGCCUUCCCGGUAUCUCCGGCGCCUCGAACGCCGGUGGAGGUAGCAUAUAUGCAACUCCUGCGCAAUGUGCUCCAUUGCCCUCUUUGCCACCAAGCCAGUUGGCUCAGCUGCCUCCCGGGUUGCUUGGUCUACAUCAUGCACAGGCUUAUGCACAUGCAGCGGCAGCUGCGGCGGCCGCAGCCGUAACUGGCCCGCAAGCUUACUCUGGACAUCCAUGCGUUCCGAGUUCCUUUUACUCAGGACAACCACAUUUUCAGACUCAUUUAAUGCAGCAACAGCCUAACGGACAACCAAUUCCAGGUGUAACAAAUGCAUUCUACGGGCAUCCACAGCGAAUGCAAUUACAACAGCAACCAUUUGGCCAGCAGGAUGGUAGGUAA